CCCGGAAGCGCUCGCUCCAUCGGCCGCCAGCCGGCCACGCCCGCCCGCCCGGUGAAAACGUCUCGCCAGAAUAAAACACGCGCACCAGCAGCAGUUCGGCAGCUCACCGAACAUCCUUCCUCCCCUCUCCCCGUCGCGUGGCUCCGGCCACCGCGCGCGCCCCGAGGCCAUCAUCCCUCCAGCCAGUCGCGAUGGACACGGCGGCCGCGGCGAGGCGGCACCCGGCGCUGGGCGGGAGGCGGCGUAGGGGGCGCGGGGGCGUGGCGCCGGUGCGGUGCUCCGGCUCGCCCGCGCAGGAGUUCGCGGCGCUGGCGUCUGUGUUCCGGCGGCGGCUGGUGGUGGGGGCGAGCACGGCGGCGGCGGCGGCCGUGGGGGCCAACUUCGGGGGCGUCACCAGCUUCCUCCUCGGCCUCUCCCCGGAGCUCGGCCGCUCGCUCCGGCUCGACGUGCUCUACCCCGUCGGCGGAUUCACCCGCUGCCUCGACUCCGACAGCGGAUUCGAGUUCAUCUAUCCAGCAAACUGGGUUGGAGACCAGACGAUACUAUACAAUCAAAUUAAGAAGGCAGAGCUGCAAAGAUCACUAGACCCUCCGCCAUUGACAAGUGGGAGUUCUCCAUCUCGACCUCGGAAUGUCAGUGGACCGGUGGCGGCUUUUGGCCCCCCGGGAUCCAACGGGGAGCUCAAUGUCAGUGUCAUUGUGUCGACCGUUCCACAAGACUUCUCGAUUGAGUCUUUCGGCGGUCCUAAAGAUGUCGGGGAAGUGGUGCUGAGGAGGAUCGCAAGGACAAAGCGAAACCCGGACAUCAGCGCCACUCUGAUCGAUGCCGCAUUGAGAGAAGACACCGUGAACAAUGUGAAAUACUACAAGCUAGAGUUCCGGGUCGAAAGCCCUUCCUUCCGACGGCACAAUGUGGCGGUGUGCUGCGCGAGAGACGGCAAACUGUACACCUUGAAUGCCCAGGCGCCCGAGUCGGCGUGGAGGUCGGUUAAGGAAGAGUUCUUUGCGAUGGCGGAUUCCUUCAGCCUAGUGAUCGAUGCUUGAUCUUGUAGAUACACACACAGUUUUGUAUCCAUGACCCUUGGGAGUUUCUAUCCAUUAGCUUGUAACUUUGCUUGCGAAUGUCAUAGUUUCGUUUAGCCGAGGAGUAAAACGUAACAUAAAUAAAUGUUGAAGCGGAAGUGGUAAAUAUUUCUGUACCAUAAUGUUCUUUGUGA